GGGAUCAUUGGAAUAGCCAGGAAUUAUGUCAAUAUUAUAAACGGCACAUCGACGUAAAGAUGGCGUGUUGUGGAUACGCCUCUUGGUGGGCCAAACUGUCCUGGGGAUGUGUGAUGCUAGGCUCCCUCCUUCACGUGGUGGCAUGGUCCACCCCCUCGUGGAUGAUCGGGACUAGUGGAGGAACAACCACGAGGGUCGGACUGUGGAAGACACGCACGUGCACAAGCACUUGCACGGAGACCUCUGUUGAUAUUUCAUAUAAAAAUGAUUCUUUCCGGACAACCCAGGCUAUGGAGACAAUCGCCUUCAUUCUAUGCUUGCUGAUACCGAUACUGUUGGGUGUGUACGUAAUGUCGGAUCGCUUCAGGAGUCCCAGACUGGCGGCCUGGUGCAUGGCGGGAUGCUUUGUUACAGCUUUGUUUCUAUUGAUGGGGAUGAUAGCAUGGCUCGUAUACGUCACAGAUCCCUGGGCGGUGUCCUACUCAUUCGGAUUCAGUGUAAUUGCACUCGUAUUGACGUUCAUAGCUGGAUUUCUUCUCAUCCCAGACAUUGACGAGGAGAGAUCUUAUGGAUUUUGUACAGAUUGUAAUUCUUCUGGGUCAGAUGGUAGAAAGAAACCAAGAUCUGUGUCUCCAGAUUUCAGCAGCGAAAGAUCCUUCUCCCGAAACGACCGAAUCACGCCCUUAUCGUCACGGUCUGAAUAUGACCGCAUGCCGCAACCUAUGACACCGGUGGAAAAUUCUUGGAACAGAAGCAAUAUGUCCAGUUCCGCUACUUAUAAUAAUAUAUCUCCUAUCACUUUACAAAGGGAUCGUGUGGCCUACUAACUUUCACGAUGUUCAUUUUGACUACCUAGUUAUUUGCACACUUUUCAGAAAAUAAAUUGACACUCAUAUCUCAUGAUUGGAUUAAUUUUUAAAGAAAGCUUUGCUUUAAAAAAUCAU